AUGUAUGAGAAGUGCCGAAAUUUCUCGCGGGACGCGGCGCGGCCGAAGGUUUUCAUCGAUUUUCUGGUGAGCCAAGGGCUAGGCUGGCCCGAGCUGCCUGAAGUACUGCCCUCACCGUUGAAUUACAUCCUCAAGCUCGCUUACAAAUGGCAAGCCCCUUUCUGGAUAUCUGUGAGUGUGGUCCAGUCUCUGAACCAGUCUUCUCCGUUGAGACGUGUCCUGAUCAAUCCUGGUAUGUAUAUCCCCGUCCUGUGGAGUCAGCACAAAAGCGCCACGGAAUCCUACGCAUACACUAAGUACUGGGAUCGGUACCUCCGCCGCUUAUAUCCGGACCCCGCGUCGAGACCUGUACUCAAUGAAACUGUUGUUUACGAAACUCUCAAGGUAGAGAAGGACGUGCUCGACAGCCUGUACGCGGUAUUCACCUCCAAAGCGCCUAAGCCGGCGUCGUUCUCCUUCGGUGAUCUCCCAGACCACGUACCCAACGUAUCGACUAGCGUGUGGUGCGAAAGCUUCCAGAGCGCCCUCCUUCUGGAACCGGAACUCAGUUUAAACGAUACAAUCGUAGUGAACGACGUCAACUUGCUCAAGACAAUCGCCAAUCUUUUCUCCAAGUACGACAGAAAGCAACUGAGUAUGCACCUGACUUGGCUGCUAGUGCAGUACUACGCUCCCGUCUCAGAUUAUCGCCUACUUGUCGAUUUUUUCAACGACGACGAGGGGACAGCAGCGGCGCAGCUUCCUCUGUUUUGCGCGUACCAAGUGGAAGCACCGUACAGAGUCCUCAUUAUCGCCCUCGGCCUGGUCUCUCGCUUCACGGCUGAAGAUAGAAAGAUCAUCGACGAUGGCUUCGAUGGCCUCGUUUCGGCGGCCGUUGACAGGGUCCAGAAAUCCCAAUGGAUGGACACUCCGAGUAAGAAGAGCAUCACGAAGAAGCUGCUCGCUGCGAAGAAGGCUCUCUGGCCUCCAGAUUCUCUCCUCAAGGACGGCGUACUGGAUAGCAUCUACUUCGCGUUCCCAGGAAAGGAUGCCUCUUUGGCUGAGUAUUGGAUCGACAGCAGAAGGAGCAUGAUUCUGAUGAACAAGACCGAAUUCUACGAGGAAGCGCUGAGGCUGCCUUGGAACACUCUCCCGGGCUACGUGAGCUACGACUACGCCUUGAAUAGCGUGAAUAUUGCAAUGGCCGUCCUCGCACAACCGGCGUACUACACACACGGUAGCAAGGCUAUGCUUCACGGCGGUCUGCUAUUUCUCUUGGGGACUCAGCUGGCCAGAGCCAUUGACAGCGAAGGUCUUCGAUGGACGGCAGAUGGAGCCAAGGUCGAUAGUAUCGUGACCGUAUCGACGCAGCGUGAAUUCAAAAAGAAAGAUGCUUGUAUCUCAAAUCUCGCCAAAAGCAUUUACCCUGAAGUACCGGCUCUCACGAUGUCCUUGUCCGCCCUCAAGAAGGCCCACAUUCGUGACGGAAGCGUACCCCUAGCCCUGAACGAAAAGCUUCCAGAGGACAAGGUCUUCUUUAUGACGCUCUGCUACUUGUCGUGCAAUACCACGGGGCUCUUGCGCCUGGACUGUAACAAGGUGGUGCAGAAUUCCGAAGAUUUUGCCAAAGCCUUUAGCUGUCCAAAAGGAUCGAACAUGAACCCCGAAGAAAAAUGCACAUUCUUUUGA